AUGCUGUUUAACACCAUCCAAGAUUUUCCUGCUUAUGGUAAUCUUUCUAGGUAUACCGUGAAAGGGAAAGCACCUUGUCCCAUAGGCAUGGAGGAUUGCGGGGGAGAAUGGUUGAGCGCAUCACGCAAGCAUGUGUUCCCUAUACAUCGGCAAUAUCUUCCUUUGAGUCAUCCAUUUCGUAAGAGGAAAAAGGCCUCCAAUGGGAAACAAGAUUUUAAAGGUCGCCCAAGAGUUCUGUCAAGUGAAGAGGUCUUUGAAAAGGUUAAAGACAUUCAAAUUACCUAUGGGAAAAAGCUUAGUUUGAUUGGUACUUUAUUGAAUAUUCGUGGGAAGACUAAAGAUGGCACAAAAGCUAGAGAUGACUUACAAACCAUGGGGAUUAGAAGUGAACUCCAUGGUGUUGUGAAUGACAAAGGUCGAGCAUACCUGCCUCCAGCAGCUUAUACAUUGUCAAGAAAAGAGAAAAUUGAGUUUUGUGAGAGCUUGGCUGGAGUAAAAGUGCCAGAGGGUUAUUCUUCAAGUAUUCGCAACCUUGUGAAUAUGGAAAACUUGAAACUCGUGGGCCUUAAAUCUCAUGAUUGCCAUGUUCUAAUCAAGGUCUUUGAUCCUAAAGAGUUGACUGCAUUGGAAGAUGGAAUUGUUGUAACUUUGUGCGAAUUAGAAAUGUACUUUCCACCAUCGUUUUUUGAUGUCAUGAUUCAUUUACCAGUUCACUUGGUUAGAGAGGUGAGAUUUUGUGGUCCUGUGUACUUGAGAAAUCAGUGGCCUUUUAAAAGGCAAAUGAAAACAUAUGGCGGUUAUGUCAAGAACGCUUUUCACCCUAAAUGUUGUAUCGCUGAACGAAUUUUUUAUGAAGAAGUUCUUGCAUAUACUAGUGAAUUUAUAUCAAAUUCUAUGAAGAUAAGGCUUCCCGUUUCUCGACAUAUGGGAAGAAUGGGUGAUCAGGGGACCCUAGGCCUUAAACAACUUGACAUGUCUUAUGACGAUUGGCACAAGGCCCAUUCGUACAUUCUUCACAAUAAGGAUGAAUUAAUGCCAUAUAUUCAAAAACACAUGAGAGACUUGAGGAAAUACAAUAGAAGAGCAAAUGAGAAAUCAAUAGCUGAUGAACACAAUAGAUCGUUCAUUAGGUGGUUCAAGGAUCAAGUUUUGAGGGAGCUUCAGGAUUCUCCGAGUUCUAUUUCUGAUCGACUUAAGAGUUUGGCAUAUGGACCUAAUUUCAACGCUACUUACUAUUCAGGUUAUGUUAUCAAUGGUUUCACAUUUUACACAAGGCUGCAAGAUGGAAAUAGUACUAUGCAAAAUAGUGGGGUUACUAUAGAGGCUGAAGCUAUUCAUUUUGCUAGUGGAAAAGCCAAGCAUCCCGUUUCUGGCACAAUGCGAUACUAUGGAUUUAUUGAAGAGAUUUGUGAGUUGCAUUACUCCAACUUUUCAAUACCAGUUUUCAAAUGUCAAAGGGUUGAUAAUAACAACGGGGUUGAUCAUAGUAGCCUUGGAAUGACUUUUGUUAACUUUAAUAAGAUUGGUCACAAGGAAGAUCCUUUCAUUUUAUCUAGUCAAGCUAAACAAGUGUUUUAUAUGACUGAUCCAUCAAAUAAGAGAAUGUCAGUUGUUAUAACACCGAGACCACGACAUGCCAUAGAUGAUUGGGGCGAUGAUAGUGUUUUAGAAGGUAGUUGUUUGCUGGGAAAGGGACUAGUUGAUGAUGAUGUUGCUGAUGAUUCUUCAAUCUACGCAAGAGAUGACCACAAUGAAGGUUUGUGGGAAGAUGAUGAUAACAAUAAUAAAGUGAAGCGAAAGCAAAAGAGAAAGUGUAGUCGUAAAAACUCUUAA